UUGAAUAUUCCCUUUAACAUGCUUUCUCUCAUUAUUUUCUACAAAUAGAGUAUCAUAACCUGAGCUCUAAUAUAACAUCUCAAUCAAACUUGUUUAUCUUUGCGCAUUAAAUGUAUCAAGUAUAGAGCCUCUCUCAUGCUUCACUGAGUGUACAGUGAAAUAUAUGUGUUUGCUCUCAAACAAAUUAUAGGACAAAAGACUUUGAGGAAAGAAGAAAAGACUUUAAACUUGACAUUCAGUACAACUUACAUUGUGAGCCAAGCAUAGCUUUAUCUAUUUUUUUCGGAAGUUCUCUUUAUUAAGUAUAAUCAAGCUAGCUGAAGGUCCAACUAUUUCAACAUAGCACAGUGUAAUUGGGACUUUAAAAAGACUUUGUUUAGACCUGGAUCCCAUCUUACAAAGAGUUGCGAUUGAUCCAAAUCAACCGCAAGUCAGGACAGACAGAAGGAGGAGCGAAUUACAAAAACAUAAACAGUCAAGACUGCCAGUUUUCGAGAUUUGUUUUGUCUUAUUUUAUCUCUGCCUUGCUUUGCUAGAAAGUACUCUGCCAUAUAAUUUCGGAAUACGAUGGAGUCACUUUCUAAAUCUUCUGAUUGUCGGAAAAGGCGAAGAAGUUCGGUAGAAAACGAUAUCAUGGAGAAGAGGCUGCAAGCAUGGAGAGCAAAGAAGGGAUUGCCUAUCCUAAGUAAAAUACAAGAGGAGAGAGAAAAGACAAAACUGCUGUCCAAGCACACAACUCCAAGUCAUCCAUUGAAGAGGAAAUCCAUUCAGAUAUCUAAAUCUGAGAAAAAGAUGGAGAGAAGUGAUGAUAAGAGCAAGCAAGCAAGGUUUUAUACCCCAGGCCCUUCAACCCAUCAUGAUGUAGCUAUCGAUAGGAGACGUACAUUCAGUAAUCUACAGAUUAACAAGCAGCCUGGCAGGAGAAGCCUAGCACCAUCAACCCGGAUGAACACUCCCCAACAAUUUUCAAAUAGUGUGAAAAGGAAUGAGGGCAAAAAAAUAGCAGCAGGCAAUAAAGUCCCAUUGCUUCUAAACAAAAGUGAUAAAAUCACAACAGCCAUGACUCAACAAGUUCCUAUCAGGUCACAUGAUCUGUCACAUGUCAGCCUCCAUACCCAGGGUCGGAAGUCUGUUCGAUUCUCCUCGCCCAAGAUGUCAACAGCAGUGGAGGCAUGUGAUGAAAAUAUCCCUGUCAGCUGCACACCCAAGGUCACACCUGGACCAAGCAAGAGCAAGUCAGACAUAAGAGGAAGACUGGAGCAAUGGCUAAUAGCCAAGGGUAAGACACCCUCUAGGUUCAAUAACUUCCUGGGCUACGAGUCGUCCCUGCAACACACCACCCCUGGAGGAGGCAGCCACACAAGGAGAAGGUCUGGGACACCUCACCUUGGGAGGAACAGGAGAGACACCCCAGGGAAAGGAUCACGUCGGUCUGGUGAAGGUGGUGCUGUACAUGGCACCAUGAAAGAGUGUCUGGAAAUGCUGGAGGAGGGAUGCCCAUUGGAAGACAUGUUAGCCUGGCUGGAUGGAAUGGUGACCAAAGCUCCACUCAUCCAACAAAGUGCAGGCUAUUGGCUGUGCAGGGCAAAGAUUGCUGAGAAACAGGGUGGAGACCAGUCUGCCAUUGAGUGCUUGUUUGAAGCUGUGGAGUUUAACCCUGAACCUGUAAAAGAUAUCCUGGACACCCUGGCUACAUACAGACUCAAGCUAAAGAUGAGCAGUGAGGAAUCCGAAGAGACCAGAUGGAACUCUCCCUCCAUAGAGACUGGUGUGGACUACCGUCUCAGGCACUCACCAUGCCUUGAGGUCCAGACACCUGUAGCACACCUGAGGUUUGAAGAAGAGGAUGGGAACCAGUCUCCUGAUGGAGAGGAUGAUAAGAGACCUGGAGAGGAUACAUCCCAUUUGAGCAUCAAGUACAGCCUCAAGGAAACUACACCUUACUUUAUGAGGAUUCACCGGACCAUUGGCCAUUCUCCACCCACUCCUUGCCUGCUGGUCACUCCAGUCAGACGGUCAGCCCGUCUGGACAACAAACGACGCUCUGUGGCUUGCCUUGGUACCCAGCUGACCCGCGCUCCAGCAGUAGAAGACUGUUUGGACUCCAUGAGAGAGGUAGCAGCUAACUACCCUACAGCCCAGCUGAUCCUACGACCAAAUAGGGCUCUUACUCAGGAGUUCUCUGAAGCUCAGCUUCAAGACUAAAAAAAUUAUUACAGAGCAUCUUGAAAUUAAGUGUCAAAAGUGAUCACUUCUGUACUUCCAUGUAUCCAUGUAUACAAUAGACCAGUUCACGGUUUGCACCUUACUGCAAUGACCCCGAAUAUCCACAGAUCUUCAAAACACGAAGAGGUCCCACUUUGUACAUUUUUAAAUAA